GUCACGUGACUGCUUGAUCUGUACAGUGCAGCAUUAUCACUGAUCCACAGACAAACUGAGUGCAGAAUAGACAAACGUCAACAUGUCGGAUUGUUUGUUAGGCCUACUCUUCAGUUUUUCAUUGCUCCUGGCUGGUGUGUUUGGUGCUGAUGAUGUUACCGUGUCAGUGAUGAUGGGAGAUAAUGUUACUCUACCCAUUAAACCUGGUGAAAUAAAUGAAAGGCUGCAGUGGAAGUAUAACAACAGCAUUAUUGCAUCUUUUAAUUUACAAAAAAUAUAUAUUCCAGCAGAAUACCCUGAUGAGAGAUUCAGAGGCAGACUGAAUCUGGACCCUAACACUGGAUCUCUCACCAUCAACAACAUCACAACUGAAGACACUGGAGAAUAUCAGCUGGAGAUCAAAACCAGCAAAACGCCAGACUACAAGCUAUUCAGGACAUUCAGUGUUACUGUCAAUGGUGAGUAGAAUGGCUAUUUUUCU